AUUUUCAAUUUUUCCGUGCAAUUCUUCUUCCCUGCACUCGCACACUCACCAACACAUCAUCGUGUCAAAUACCAACGAAAGCAACUACUCACGCAGUUUCUUCUUCUUCUUCUUCUCCUGCGCUUCGUCUCAAUCUCAAGCGUCAAUUCUCCAUCGCCAAUCCUCUCUUUCUGCUGAUUUCGGACUCGUCACUUACUUGGGUUUUGCAUGUAUAUGCUGAUGAAGGUGAAAUGAUGCUCUCAGCGGCAAUAAUUACUUUUGGACGCUGGACAUAAGGCGUGAUGGGCGGUUGCUGUUGUUGUUGUUGUUCUGCUAAGGAGACUGUGUUGAGCGCUCCACCUGCGUACUAUUAUCAGUAUCCAAGAGCAUCAGAAGAGCAUGUUCCUCUAUCAUCUCACCAGGGUGCUGCUUCUGCUUUCUCUGGGCGGCUCUUGGUUGAUACUAAUCUAGAUACUUCAUCUCCUGAUACUUAUAGACCUCCCCCUGCUCCUAUCCCUUUCAAUGUUACCUUGGGUACCACUCAAACUCCACCUGCGGCUCAAGAAAUUCGUAGUGACAAGAAUAAUACUUCCUUGCAUUCUACAAAUUCUAAUGCAAUUCAAGAACCAGUUGCUGGAGACAAUCAUGGGACCUCGGCUAAGUUGGAAGAGCUGAAGGAAUCAGACUGCAAAGUUCAAACCGAUCUAGAGCUAGAUUCUGCAAAGGGUUCCGAAAUUGAACUUGCAAAGUCGGGAAAACCUAUAGAUGUAGUAGAAGAGGAGGAUACAUGCCCAAUUUGUUUAGAAGAAUAUGAUGCAGAGAAUCCAAAACUCGCAACAAAAUGUGACCAUCAUUUUCACCUUGCGUGCAUUCUGGAAUGGAUGGAAAGAAGUGAGACUUGCCCUGUGUGCGAUCAGGAUUUGGUUUUCGACCCUCCCAUUGAAUAAGACAUCAACGUGGGAGUUCAAAUAUACUGCGUAGUGUUUGAGAAGCAAGGUUACAAAGUCAUGAGUUUGAUAUGAUAGCAACCCGAGCUUAUGGCUGUAUUUUGAUUGUUUCGUUUUCCGAGUUUUCUGGGUUUAUUCCAUUUUUUACUCAGUCCCCUGCGUUGCAGCAUACAGGAAAUUAAAGGAAAUAUUCUCUGUUUAUAGUUUUAUCAAUUAGAAUGUUUUAAAGUGAUAGCUGGAUACUACAAGCGAAAACAGCUGGCGAUAUGAUUUUUCGAAUAGAUUGUAAGACUUUUGUUACAUUGUCAAAGAAUGGUAGGAUGUUCUCACUCUGGUGGUACUGCUUUCAUCUUAUAUAUAUGUAUAGGGUGGGAAUAGGAGCAAUUCUUGUUUGAGUUAUUACUUUCAAUAACUUUUUUGUAUAUAUUAAAUUUCAAUAAUCUAGUAGUUGCAUAUUUUGAUAUUA